GUAUACAGUACGUUCUCACAUCUCUGCAACGCAAAGCCUCCUUCCUCUAGUUUCUCAUUCUUCUUCCUUUUGAUCAUCUUCAUACUCCUAGCUAGUUAUCAUCAUGGGUGUUUUCACUUAUGAGAAUCAGGUCACCUCCCCCGUCCCUCCAUCUAGGUUUUUCAAGGCCUUCGUCCUUGAUUCCGACCACCUUCUCCCAAAGAUUUUAAAGCACGGUAUUAAGGAAGUGAACGUGGAAAUCCUUGAAGGCAAUGGAGGGCCUGGAACCAUCAAAAAGAUUACGUUUCAUGAAGGCUACCACUUAAAAUUUUUGAAGCACAGGACCGAUGGGCUAGACAAGGAAAACUUCACAUACAAUUACAGCGUGGUUGAAGGCGGUCCUUUGUCGGAGACACUCGAGAAAGUCUCUUACGAGACCAAGUUGGUGGCUUCCCCUGAUGGAGGAACCAUCUACAAGAUCAGCAGCAAGUAUUAUACCAAAGAUAACACUGAGAUCAAGGAAGAGCAAAUCAAGGCUGAAGAAGAAAAGACCGCGGGGGUUUUCAAGGCAGUUGAAGGCUACCUCUUGGCAAAUCCUGAUGCUUACAACUAAAGCGAGCUAGCUGCUUAAUUCAUUAUUGCAUGUUUAUCCCCUCCUUUAACUAUAUAUAUAUAGUUAGAGGUGUGGCUUUCAUGCAUGCAUGUGUAUUUCUGUCUUCUAAAAACUGCCUCGAGGCCUUCUAAUAAGUGUUUGCUGUGCGUUUGGAUAUAUUCACUUUGCCUUUGAUGUUCCCUGUCGAUUGAAAUAAUAUUGUACCUGUUUUAUUAAUAAAAAUCGUUUCGUAAUCAA